AUGAUCCUCAGUCUUCUCCAUCGCGCCGUGGACUACGUGUUGUCCUGUCUCAAAUUGGUUCAGAAUCGGGAGGUCGGCUGGAUGACAGUUGAUCGCAAAGUAUUGACCACAACCUCAACGAGUAAAGAGCUAGCUAACAGUUUCACGCAGACAGGUCGACAUAUUCGCGAGCAACAACCGCUUUUGAAAAAGCUCAAACUCCUGUUGCUAUUCAACCCUCUGACCGAAUGGCUGGACACCACUCAUGCAAUGCGUCUCUAUAUGCACAGGAAAAACGUAAAAGCAGGCAGAGACGAGGGCACGCCGGCUUCAAAGCAGCAGAUCAACUCUUUUGUCGACUUCUACAAGAUCAAAAUGGAUGAUUUUGAACCAUCAGAUACCAGUGCAUAUGCGACCUUCGGAGACUUCUUCGUCCGGGCUCACAAGUCCGGAUCGAGGCCUAUAUUCGCCGAAGACGACCCCUCCCGCGCAGUUGUCGUGGCUGAUUCGCGGGUUGUGGUUUACGAAACGGUGGAGCAAAGCAAGAAGCUUUGGAUCAAAGGCUUGGACUUUUCCAUUACUAACCUGGUAAUGGAUACUCGUCUCGGCGCGCAAUUUGAGAAUGGAGCAGUUGCCAGUUUUCGAUUGUCGCCGCAAGAUUACCACCGAUAUCACAGUCCGGUUACCGGGAAAAUCAAACUGUUUAGAAGUAUGCCUGGGGACUAUUAUCAAGUUGAUCCCCUGGCGAUCCGGAGUGAUAUUGAUAUCCUUGGUCGGAACGCUCGCGAUUACGUCCUCAUCGAGACUGAACAUCUGGGGGAUGUUCUUUUUGUAGCCAUUGGUGCGACAGAUGUGGGAUCUGUAAGGAUCCAUGACCGAUGGCAGACUGCUGGAAACGAGAUCCAAAAAGGCGAAGAAUUAGGCAUUUUCCAAUUCGGUGGUUCAUCCAUUAUUGUAGCCUUUCAAAGUGGUCGUAUAUCGUUUGACGAAGACCUGUUGAGCCUUAGCAAGGAGGCCAUUGCUGUUGAUGUUGAGGUUGGCAUGAGCCUUGGACGUGCUCUACCUGUACACUGA